GUCCAAUCAGGCAGCACAACGGGCAGCCCUGGCUGGAGGAUUGCUCCUGUCUCUGUGCACUUUUCAUACAGGCAGCGCGGCGGGCAGCCCCCGGCGGGGUCCUUCUCCUCCCAUGCCGCCGCGCACAGUGUUUGAAUGUGAGACGCGGCAGCGACAUGAGUGUGGCCGGGGAGAGACAGGUGUUGAAAUGGAGAGUGGCCAACAGUUUUGCCUGGGCCAUCGUUUUAUUGGCCCUGUGCUGUGUGGUGUUCAUAACAAUUGGCAGAUUCCACAUACUUCACCCCAUACAGUGCCUGACAGACUCCCUCAGUGAUAUUCUCAGCAGCUCCACAUUCUUUUGUCUACUUCUUCUGUGGACAUUGCAAGGAGUUCAGUGUGCCUUCAAUGUGGAGUCCUUCUCAGUGGUGCCUUCCAUCCCUGGCUCUCGGCUCUCCCUGAUUGGACAGAUACUGCUCCCACAUCAUGUGCUGCACUCACUCGUUCACUCCCUCAUGGGGUUGUUGGUUUUCUGGUGCUGUACCCUCCUCAGUGGGAGUCAGACCCAGAGUCUGGCAGUCGCAUGCAGUUCUGAAGACAGUAAUCAUGAAGCCUACAGUCAGUCGAUAUGUCUGAACGAGCGCUACCUCUUCCUGCUGCUGACUGGAGCAUUUGUUGGUUGCAGCUACAGCAUCCUGUACUUUGUGCACAACAUGAACUAUCUGUCUUUUCCAUCCGUGCAGCAAUUCAAGUAUCUGCAGUUCCGGAGGUGUCUGCCUAUACUGCUGAAAUACAGCUGUGUCCACUCCUUGUAUUUGGUUCGGAACUUCAGUGCUGUCUACUUUUUCCUGGGUUAUAUUCCACGGACAUGGGUUCAAGCAGUUCUGUACCUGCGCAUGGAUCAGCAGUUGCCACCGCUUGAUACUCUGCGGGGACUCCUGGACUUGUCACUGUUUUACCAGAUCUGGUUGUCCAGCACAUUCCUCCUCACCACCUGGCACAUUGUGUGGAUACUAUUCCACAUUCACGCAACAGAGGCCCAAAUGUUUCCUGUGCAGACCUCCUUUGCUGAAGAAGCAGACCGAUGUCUCCCUAAUGUAUUAAGCUGCAGUUCUCCUCUUUUAAAAUACCUGGCCUUCCAAGACCUCAUGCUCCUAUCACAGUAUUCGCCAGCUCGACGACAGGAAGUGUUUAGCCUCAGCCAACCAGGAGGCCAUCCCCAUAAUUGGGCUGCAAUCUCCAAGGAAUGUCUAAAUGUCUUAAACAAUUUAACAUCAAGACUGGUCGCGUACCAGGAAGCUGCUGCAAGUAAUGGACGUGUCAGGCUGCUGUCGUCUUCUCUAGAGCUGAGGAAAUCGUCCAGCGGCUCAGGUCAGUGCACUUUCCAUACUGCAGGGCUCCAUGCUCAGAAUCUCUCAGGCUCAUCCCUCAUUGAUGACUCUGUUGACCAGUCACAGAGAGUGAUUGCAGCUGCUGAAACGCCCAUACCUUCCCGACUAAAGGCCUCUGCUUCUCUCAGAGCUCCUUGGGACGCUGGUAGCCCUUUUGCAUCCCCUGCAGUGGGUCACAUCUCUGCUUUGCAAGACCAGAAUUCGCCAUGGCAUGGAUCUGUCCAGAGCCCCCACCUUAUCAGGAGAGGUGCAAAGCUGUGGACAUAUGGCUCUGACAUCCAGAGGAAUGGUUCGGAAGUAUCUUCUCUCUCCAAGGAGAGCACCAGGCUUGGCAGCAGUAGUGAGGAGCAGAAAGUCCUUUAUUCGUGGUUCCAAAACAAACGGGAACAAAUAAAGAGUUUCUUGUCCAAGCGCGUCUUGAUCAUGUACCUGUUCAGCAAGCACCCAGAGGCUUCUAGUCAGGAAUUGUUUGCUGAUUCCCAGAUUCAUAUCUGGGCUCUGGAAGGUCUGUCCCAUCUAGUGGCAGCCUCGUUCUCAGAAGACCGGAUGGGAGUGGUACAGACCUCCCUCUCCACCAUACUUACUACAUUUCUGACUCUACAAGAGGCUGUAGAGAAGCACUUCAAGCUUCCACACGCAUCUAGCAAACCACCCAGAAUUACCAGCAGUUUAGUAGAUUCUUCCUACAAGACGCUGAGGUUUGCUUUGCGGUCUGCCCUGAAGACUGCAAUCUACAGAAUAACCACAACUUUCAGGGAGCACUUACAUGCUGUUCCAGUGUCUACAGAACACAGGAAAAAGCUACAGCAAUUCCUGGACUUCAAAGAAUGACUGUAAAUGGAAGAUUGCUUGUACAGUAUGACGGUAACCUUUUGUAAUCUAGUUCUCCCUUCCUGAUGGCGCUUCAUGCGGAAUCUGAGCAUUGGAUGAAUCAUGUAAUCAAACGUUCCACUCAAAACAUCCAGCACAAGGACUACAUGUUAAAGUGGAGUUAUUUUAUGAAUUACGAGUUCCUGACUUUCUUUCCUUGUGCAGUGUGUUUAUUUCUGGUCUUUAGUAUCUUCUAAGUUUUUUUUUUUUUGUAUGAUCCUUGUAACUGUUUUAUCAGAAGUGCAAUCAACUAUACAAUAAUAAAGGUAGAAAGCUAUUAAACCAAGUGCAAGUCUAUACUAACCAAUAUUCUGAUUACUACAGAGUCCUAUGAUCAGUGCGAUGUACCAUGUGACACGGUUGUAUAAAUUACAUCCAGUAGGCAUUGUCUGCAGGUCAAAGAAGGUGCCUGGAGCAGAUGAUGUGUGGGUUUUAUUGUUGUUGGGCAAUUCAGGUGAGGCGCAGGGAACACCAGUUGGUGUAGUGCUAUUCUUUUUGUAGUAAGUGGAAGAAAAAAUAUUUUUGGAAUAUGGUAACGGCUGAAGACCGGUAAUCACUGUUACCAGCAUUCAUAUGUGCAGCACUGCAUAUGUAAAUAAGGAAAUCUGUGUAGCAUGUAUUACGAUUUUAAGCACAUUCCAAACACUACAAGUUUAAGGGCCGGUUUAUGGGUAGAUAUGGGGCUCUAGAGGGCAGCACUUGCUGAUGCUCUGUACAUGCUGCAAUGUGCGUCUAUACACAGGGAUUUUCUACAUGUAAUUGCAGAUUAUACUACAGUAAAUGACGCUAGCUACAAGUUAGUAGGUGGACCUAGGUCCAGUCUUUGAGGCUGUAACCAUUUUAAUUUGUUGCAGGUAUCCAGGGUGCCCUUGUUUACUUUUAUAGCCUGUUUGGGGCAGAAAUAGGGACAUCCUUUUCCCCCCAUCUGAAGGGCUUCAGAAAAUGUAGUUCAUGUAAAAACUAAUUGUGCAGGCUGAAUGGGUCUCUUGCAAAGUGUACUUAUGUCACCCCCCACCCCUCCCUGCUGCAAGCUGAGUCUCGCUGUCCUCUUGGUGGUAGUCACUCACACUGCCACGCUUGCCCUCCAGGAACCACAGUCCAGGCACACAUACUGACUAAUGGGAAUUACAACAUUUUUUUUUAUCAGGACUCGGGGGUUCGGUAUGAUUUACCGCCAGAUGGGAUGCCGAAUGUCAGUAUACCGGCAUCCUGAGCGGUGGAAUGCUGGCAGGGGGGCGAGCGUAACCAAGCUCCUUGCGGUCUCGCUGUGCCUGCCACACUGCAGGCUUGGUGGGGAACUUCGCUUCGCUCGCCACAGGUUCCAUUCUCCAUCUAUGGGUGUCGUGGACACCCAUAGAGGCGGAAUCACCUACCACGGCGGUAUGGUGCCCCUAUCGGGAUCCUGGCAUCUGUAUUGUGACCACCGGGAUCCUGACGAUCGGUAUGCUAAACGCAUACCAAACUUAGAUUAUGACCUUAUAUUGUCGAUUCUGUUAGAUGCGAUGUUCUCACAUCUGCAAAUAAGAGCGGCAAUAUGCUGCACCUACAGUCGCUCCGGACUUGUUCAUUUUUGUUUGCAGCCCCUUCCCCGUACCCCCUACCCCUGUGACAUUAAUCUACAUGUUACAAGAAGGGUUCGACACUAAGGGGUUUCACUGCACCAUUCAUGUCCAACUAUGGUACUGUGCCUGACUUCACAUCACCCUUCCCGAUAUUUUACUGGGGGAUGUGGCAUCACUGUGCACUAGGUGCUACAAGUUUGUAUGUGUUCUUGACUGCUUUUAAGUUUUACUUGAUUGUAGUUUUAGAAAAAAAGUAACAAAUAAAAAUGUUUGCAGAUA